AUAUAACAACCGUGAACCUGGAACACUGCAGAAAAUAGUUUGACAUUUAUAACAAUUUGUCAGAUGAGAAUUUUAAAUGCCAAAUUUGUGUUCCUGAAUUAUUCGUCGCUGUUUUGAAUUAAAUCCUUUUCAAUAACAACAAUGGCUAGAAAUGUAGCCGAAAGCGCGAGAAAAUUCCUACUACUCGGUCAAUGUGUACCUACAGUAAAACAAAAUGCUACCAAAAUAAGAGUGAAGAGGUUAGAAUUGGACGAGAAUUUACUCAUGUAUUUCAGAAAAGACACAUUUUAUUACUGUCAUGAUCCUGAAAAAAAAUGUAAGACAGGAGAUAUAGUACUAAUCAAGGCAUUGCCCCAGAAACUUACUAAAUUAAUUACCCACGAAGUCGAGGAAGUCGUUUACCCAUUCGGUGAUAUCACUGACCCAAUCACUGGAAAGAAAGUCAUGAAAGAAAGAUACAGGGAAGAUGUUGAUAAACAAGCUGAAAUCUUUGGGAAACUUAAAUCUGCAUUUAAUUAUGAAGCUGCACCGCCAAGAGGUUGGCAAGAUGGAAAAAAAGAUUUCACUACAAAACCUACAUACACAAAGUUCCAUGUAUUUGAUGAAAAUGACCCAUAUGCCAUUUAAUUUAGAUUAAUGUAAAUUUUAGUGUAAUAAAUUUAGUUAUGUUGUUGAAA